AUGAAUUUUCUUUAGCUGUGUCCGCGGCUGCGCACUCCGUUCCCCAAUAUGCAAUAUAUUUAUUUCUAUAGAGAUAGAAGUUUACCUGCUUCGAUCAAAGAAAACACUGCAGUCGUACGUAACAUGCACUGAAUACAAAGUUUUAGUAGCGCGAACAAAUAAUCGUUAAAAUGUCUGCAUACAGUCAGCAUUGUCUAUAAACUAAUAAUUCGCUGAUGUAGUGUAAAAAUAUAGUUACUAUUCCAAAUGAAUUCGAAAAAGAGCAAUGAAAUGGAUUCCGGCUUUUUCGAAACGAACUAUGUUUAUAUAUUUCAUAUUAUUGUGUCUAUUAUAUUUAUUGUAUGCUUUGAAUACCUGUUUAGUUGACGAAAGAAAGUUCAACAUCAAGCACAUAUUUCUGAAGCAGCAUAUCUCCACGUACAAGAACACAGCUAUUCGCCUAGCAACACUGCUGGGCUUCGGUGUAAGCUCCGAUGUGAAUAAAUACCGGCGACUGAGGCCGAGCGGAGCGCCGCGCCGUCGGCUGCCUGAUGCCCUCAUCAUAGGAGUCAAGAAGUGUGGGACACGAGCUCUGUUAGAAUUUUUAAGGUUACAUCCCGAUGUGCGGGCUGCAGGAUCCGAGGUGCAUUUCUUUGAUAAGUUCUAUCACAAAGGUUUCGAAUGGUACAGACAACGAAUGCCAGCAACACUCGAAGGGCAACUCACGAUGGAGAAGACCCCCUCGUACUGGGUGACUCGCUCGGCGCCGCGGCGCGUGCACGCCAUGAACCCCGCCGUCCGACUGCUAGCCGUGGUGCGAGACCCAGUGACCAGGGCGGUCAGUGACUACACGCAGUCGGCUAGCAAGCGACCAUCACUCCCGCGCUUCGAGCAGCUAGCGCUAGUCAACAGCACUCACAACUGGUCCAUAGUGGACGCCACGUGGGGCCCCGUCCGGCUGGGGGUGUAUGCGAGACCGUUGCGGCGGUGGCUGAGGCGGUUCCCGAGGAGACGGUUGUUGCUGGUCAGUGGGGAGAGACUGGUGGCUGAUCCCGCUGCCGAGAUGGCUAGGGUUCAGGAAUUCCUGGGCCUGAAGAAAGUGAUAACGGAAAAGCACUUUUAUUUCAACUCCACUAAGGGCUUCCCUUGCUUGCUGAAAUCAGAAACUAGUUCAACACCGCAUUGCCUCGGGAAGACUAAGGGCAGAAGUCACCCACACAUUGACCCUUCAGCUAUUGAACGACUAAGAGAGUUCUACAGACCAUACAAUGAAAGGUUCUACGAAUUAUCCGGGAUUAAUUUUGGAUGGCCUUGAAAUGAGCUUUUAAGUCCUAAGGGAUGUUAUUAAAAUAUUCGGAUUAAGCUACCUAGCUGCUCAAAUUAGAUUAGGUAUAAUAUAAUGUUGCUUCAUUUAGUGACAAUCUAUAUUAUACGAAGCACAAGAAAACAUUUUGAACGAAGCUCUUCCAUUUUCAGCCGUUCAGGGCAAAUUGUUUAGACAUCACACUUUAUCAUGGUACUUACCUAGUUUGAAGCUUGGUAAGCAAUCGAGCGAUAGUCUAUGGUACACCUUAAAGUUCCUAGUAAGUAUUAUUUAUAGAUAGGCAUUGUAAAAACCUACCUUAACCUUAAGCUGAAUAAUUUAUACGAUUAUGACGCGUAAUCUAUGCACACUAGCUAAUUAUUUAACUUCUAGAUAUGUGUUAAUCCUUAAAAUCAUUUUGCAUGCAUACGAAAGGUUAAAUGUAUACCAUUCGUUUUAAACUUUGAUGAUGGCAUCAUCCAACAAGUAUAUUAUAUCCAUGUUUAGAUAAUUCUAAUUUAACUUCACCUCUCUAGUUCUAGUCAUAAGUCAUCGCACAAAUAUACCUACAUUUUAGCUUUAGUUAGGCAUUAUAAGUAUAAGGUCCGGUAGAUAAGGUAAAUUUAAACUGAAAAUGGUUGUGUUAACUAACUCUAGUCAGAAAGGAGUUACAAUUUGCAUUCACUGUACACUGUGUACCUAGGGACUGUUUAUGAUGUAUUUUACGCUAGCUGACAAACAAUUCAAAUUGUUGGGUCAUACGUUUUUGUGAAGAUAAAUUGGUUUAUGGGUUUAUGUUCACUCAGAGCUACUAUCAAACAUAAAGGGAAAACCUAAUUAUAGUUUGCUAAUUUACCAUAGGUAAUUAAGUCACUCGAUGAACUCGACACUAGAGUUACUGUAAUAUUAAAUAGUUUGCACUAAGCCCUCCACUAACACGUGAAAUAAAUAUUGUUAUAUGUAUCUGCAUAAUUAGUAUUAGAACUAACUAUAACGAGCAAGCUUUAAAAUUUACAUACCUAAUCGUAAGAACUUUUAAUAAACGCCUCAGCAUUUA